AUGAGCUCGGAUGAUGAUCAUGAAGGUGGCUUGGAUAUGUUCGCAGAGCCAAAAGGCUUUCGACCCGCAACUCCUCCACCGACAGAGGCAAGGUAUGACUUUCCAAAGUCUGUAGGAGGAUCAUCCUCUUCUCUUACCAGCUCGGAACCGAUCAUUAUGUCUUUGGUGGGAUCACACCCGCUCUGGGGACAUCAUCUAUGGAAUGCAGCUCCUACUUUGAGUGACUACUUGGUGCGAGAAAUGCCGCAACUAUGCAGCGGAAAGACUGUUCUGGAACUGGGAGCAGCGGCAGGUUUACCGAGCAUCGUUGCUCAUAGAUUGAAAGCUUCAGUAGUUGUUUCGACCGACUACCCAGAUAAUGAUCUGAUCGAAAAUCUACGCAAGAACUGUGAUGGAAAUACAAGCAGCACGGACUAUAAGCUCGCAGUAGAAGGAUACAUUUGGGGAUCAGAUACCAGCAAACUCAAAGCACUCUUGCCGAAAGGACAACAGUACUUCGAUCUACUGUUACUGUCGGAUCUGAUCUUCAAUCACCAAGCACACCCUGCAAUGCUGGCAACAUUAGACAGCUGUCUACCACCUUCUAGACAAACCCCAUCCGGACAGGACACGGAGGAGAGCUCAUAUGCCGGACCCCAAGCACUCGUCUUCUUCACGCAUCAUCGUCCACACUUGGCUCAUAAAGAUAUGGAAUUUUUCGAACAGGCCAGACAGAAAGGAUGGAUAUGUACAGAAGUGGGAAAAUGGAAGAUGGCACCCAUGUUUCCAGAAGAUCCAGGAAGCGAAGAAGUUCGGGCUACCGUUCACGGAUGGCAGAUAUAUCGAUGA